GAGCUCUUCCCGCGCUUUUUAAUAUGUUGACAGUAGCUUAACCUCACAUGUGAAAUUUCGGGUAAAAAUUGUGAAAAUUGGAAAAUGAAUCACGAGCCGUUGCGAUAUGCCCACGACGAGGGGCACACAGAUGCUUGCUUCUCCUCGGAUGGCAGCAAAUUCAUUACAUGUGGCGCCGACGGAGACGUCCGAAUCUGGUCCACCCAAGAGGGCACCGAUCCCUCCCACAACUGCAUAGGAGAAUGGUCCCUAAGCGUCCGCGAGAAAAACGGAAACCUAUAUUUGGCCACGUCCGACAACGACGUCCAAAUCCUCACCUUUCCAGGCGGUGAAAGAAACGGCAUUUUAGACAGAUUCGUUGCCCCCAUUAAUCAAAUUUCUCUUAGCAGAGACAGCGAGCACAUCGCCCUAGCCGGCGAAGACAUGGAGGCGAAACUGUUCGAUUUAGCUCAGUCAGGAAACGAGGGGCAAAUAUUCGACGGCCUAUCGGGACCCUGUUUGAGUGUUGCCGUCACAUCGAGAUUCCUGGCGGCGAGUUCGGGAGAUGGCAAAUUGAGAGUGUGGGAUGUGGGAAGUAAAACACUAAAAACGGAAAUUGAGUGUUUCCCCAAAGUCAACAGUUUUGCAAAUGCGGAGUUGCUUUGUCGGAUUGAUUUUUCGCCCGAUGGUAGUGCUUUAGCGUACCCGGAUAAAGACACAGUCGUGGUUUUAAACACUUCUGAUUGGUCACAAAGUUCUACUUUGAAUAGUACGGAUGUUAGUAAUCACUAUUCUAUUGUUCAGUGGUCGCCCUGUGGCCAAUAUUUGGCAGCUACUACCACCAAAGGCGAUAUUGUUAUUUUUCACGUUAGUAUUCGUGGGGUGCGAAAGGUGAGCAAACACCCAAAUUCCACCUCCAUAUGUGGACUGAUGUGGAAUCCUUCCGGGAAUGGUCAAAUCGUAUAUACUGAUGUCGAGGGCCAGUUAGGUUUGGCUUCAGGCUGUACAGAAGUCAAAAGUACAGACGAUGACGUAUUUACGGAACACGCACUCGAUUUUGGCGAUAUUCAAAUCGAAUCAGAUGAUGACGAUAAUGAGAAUGCUAUUUCAGUUGAAAAACUGAAGAAAGAAGUGAUGGGAGAACCGGAACCAGAGUUAAAUUUUGAAGAAUCUUCCGCGGCGCCAACUCCACGACCUCGAACACCUGAAAUGCCCCUACAGCCAUCCUUCAUGCCUUCGUCAACUCCCGAACAUUUAAAUCCACGAUAUCUAUGUUGGAACGACGUCGCCAUUAUAAGAUCUUACGGUUGUUUAGCAGACGAAGAUUCAGGGAAAUCCAUAGAAAUCGAGUUUCAUAAUUCUACAUUCCAUAAUAGCAUGAUGUUACAGAAUUAUCAAGACUACACCAUGGGCUGUGUUAGUACAGCAGUGGUGGCAGUAGCAAAUGCAAAACAAUUAACCGUCAUACCACUAAGCGCUAGUUCCAAAGAAUGGGUGCUGAAAAUUGACGACUCCUUGGAAGAAAUCACCCUUAUAACAGCAUCCGAGAAGCUUGUUUGUUUAGCCACUAAUAACUACCUGGUUAGGAUUUGUUCAGUUUUCGGUAUACAAAGAGGUGUUUUAUCCAUCCCAGGACCUCCAGUUUCUCUUUCCAGCCACCAAGACUCUCUCCUCGUAUCCUACCACUCCGCUCCUGUUCGUAAAUCCGACCAAUGUAUAAACACCAAACUUAUCAAAUUCUCGGGUUUAACAAUGGAAAGCCGCGACAUUAACGCAGCUCUGGGGCCAGAAUCGACCCUAUUGUGGUUAGGAUUCACCGACUUGGGGACCCCCGCAAUGAUGGAUUCCCUAGGGAUGAUAAGUCUCCACCCAACCAAUCAAAACAUAUGGGUACCGUUCUGUGACACCACCAGACACCUGAAAAGCCCAUCCGAUGGUUUCUUCGUCACGGCUAUAAUGGAGUCGUGUCAAACCAUUUUCGGGAUAAAGUGUCGCGGCUCCAUUUAUCCAGGAUUCACUCCCAAACCCACAAUUUGUGAGUUGGUUCUUGAACCACCGUUUGCUGAACCGGAGACCGAUAAGACUCAACUGGAAAUGAACCUUUUCGCUUGGUCGAACUUGGAGGUUAGAGAUUUGGGCAAGAAGUUUAACGAGUCGGGUCUGAAAGCGUUCGCGUUGGCUUGUAAGAACGGUUUGGAUCAGAGAGCUGUGGAACUUAUGGAGAUUCUAGCGAAUCCACAGUUGGUCAGUUUGGCGACAAAGUAUGCCUUGAAGAUGAAUAAAAGACUGAUUGGGGAGAAGUUGAUGGAGUUGGGGUCAAGAUUAGUGGGGGAAGCUGAGGAUACAAGUUUUGUUAUUGGCGCAGCAACCACACCUAGCGUGACCCGGAAAUUUAUUUUGAGCUCGAAGAAGACUCCCAGAAAUCGCGAGAUAAACGAAACGAUUGUCCCGGCGACUCCGGACGACUCUCAUGUUUCUGAGUCAAGUAUAAAUAUUACGAACACCACCAUUAACGAAUCGUUUAGUGAAGAGCCGAAAAACCCAUUUUCCAAAAAUUCAAAGAACGAAGAAACCUCCAGCAACCCUCUUAGUCUUGUUAACAAGUACGCAGGUGUAGAUUACGAGUCCAAAGAGAAUAAAGCCAAAAAUAGCGACAACGAAAAACGGAAACAGCCGGAUUCUACCGAGACUGAAGAACGUAAAGGAAAACAGAGGAAAUUAGAUCGUUUCAUGUUCAGUAAACGCGUAUGAGUUACGACACCUAUUUUAUUUUUUAGCAUGUGUAAACAAUAAAGUUAUUUAUUUUUUCUUGGA